AUCUUGGCGCUUUAUUUCAGUAGACCCGGAAGGUCCUGCAUUCAAGAGGGCAGGGUCUUGGAUAAGGUUGGUCAGGAGAAGGUUACUUGGAAGGUGAAGAAGGAGAGUAAAGUCUUUACACACCCUGGUUCAGACUGCCAGCAGGUAGAUUAAAAACUUGUCAGCACACUGUGGUAUUGAAUGUGAAGAAAGGACUAAAGUGACCGACCAGCAAAGGUAUACAUUCGCGAGCAUUGAGCAGGAGGCUUGUUAGAGGCUAGCGUAGGCCAUGCUACGGACAUUUGCGAGUAGCGCACUAAUUCCACGAGCAGCUCUUUACAUGCCAGGAUGGCAGUGAUGGGCCGACUGGGGGAUUGAUAGGGGUGGAAAUAGCGUAAGUGACUACAAAUGCGUACAGGCAGCAGUGUUGGCCGCGCAGUCACAGCCAUGCCGCCCUCUGAAGGCACUUCAACAUCAGGGCUGCCCGUGGCCCCUGACUUGGGGAAGCUUGGGGCUGUUGAAAAGCCAAGCGCUCGCCCUGACUCCAUGGUCGAGGAGCGGGUGCCGGCAGCAGGCGCUGCAGCAGCAAGCGCAGGCAAGGACGCGGCGUCAGAUGAGGAGCUGGCGCGGAGACUGCAUGCGCAGCUAAACGGGGAAGCCCUGGCGCUGGCUGUGCGGCGAAGGACUCGCAAGCAGCCCUCCUUCUACACCCCUCAGCAAGGGACUGGGUAUAGCGGCUACCACGGAGCGGAGUUUGUGAAUCUGGAGGGUGACCAUGAGCAUACCGCGCAGGCUGCACAGCAGGGCGACGCAUGCAUGUCAGACGGCGAAGUGCGGUCCUCGGGCAGCGCCGACAAGCGCCCCCUCAACAAGGGAGCUGAUGAUGCGCAAGAGCCUGAAGCCAAGCGCCAGCAUGUCUCCCCAGACAGGGACGUGAAAGAAGAGGAGGAGCAGGGCAGGCGCAGCCACAGUGGAGUGAGCGGGAGGGAACUGCGCGCACUGAUCCGCUCCACGCAGGGCGUGCAGAGGGCAGAGAGCCCCCAGGCAGAGGGGUGCAGCGGCAGUGCCAAAGGGAGCGGCGGUAGAGGGAAUGAGAGCUGCGCAGGCAGCGGCAGCGCGCGGCCGUCGUUGGAUGCGGAUGAGGGCAGCGAAGGGACAGACUUGGCUCGUACUGCUGCACGAGGCAACGCCGCCAAGCGCCAGCGCAGCAACUUGGGGCAGCCUGCCCUGAAGGAGGAGGGAAUUGUGAAGGUCAAGGGCAGCGACUCAGACAAGCACCUGUCCACGCUGCCCUCAUCCUCCAUGGACGCAGACUCCCACAGCGACGACGGCCAAAACAGCAAUGGCGCCCACGCGCCCGCUGCCAAGCACGGGCGCAAGAUCCCCAAGCUGCCCAUGGUCCGCCACGGCAAGAAGUGGUACCGCGCGCGAUUGCUCAGGGAUACCGGCAACCGUGUGCAGAUAGAGUUCACUGGCUUUGAGGAGCAGAGCGGCCCGCUGAACCUUCCGAGGGACAGCGACCGCAUCUGGCGUGGGUCCUACAAGGGCAAGGACUGGCGCUACCUGGGGGACGGUGCGUGGGAGCCCAAGGAGAAGGCGUGCAGGAAGCCGCAGCAGCAGCAGCAGCCGCAGCGGCAGACAUCGGGCCUCAAGCCGGCCUCGCAGCCCACCAGCCGCCACAGCCACAGCGCCGCCGACGCGGAGCAAUUCUCCGACCCUUCCUCCAAUGAUGAGCCUGCCGACAACGACGACGACCAUACCAUCGAGGAAGAGUCGGUGCAAGCUGUCAAGGUGACCAGGGCUCGGCCAGCCUUCGCACCGCAUGUGAGCACAGCGCCCAAGGAGGCAGACAGCGGAAAGUCUGCCAGGGGCAGGAGGGUGAAGAGCGAGAAGGCGGCGCAGCCGGCAGAGCUGACACUGGAAACAGACGCUGCCAAGCUGGAGCCCACCUCUGUCCCUGCUGAUGCCAAUGCUUGCAGUGGCGCAGUCAAGCCACACACGCCUGCCAAGGGCACGGAGAGCAAGCCUGCUCCCGGCGAUGCCGGCACUGACUCAGGCGAGGAUGAUGAUGCCAAGCUUGCGUCCAGCGCAGCAGAGCAACCCCAGCCUGCACGUGCAGCGGCAGACGACCUUGCCGGCAAAAGGAGUGGCGCUGCAGGUGAUGCAGUGAAGCUUGAGGAUGAUGUGGCGGACCGGGCAGCGGCGGCUGUUCUGUCUGGACUGGGGUCUGAGGGUGACGAGGGCGAUGACGCGAGGCUGCAGUGCGAGGAGGCGCUGCCUGCGGAUGAGGCCGUCGCCGGCAGGACUGACGCUGCGGCCGGUGGCAGCCCAAUUAUGCCCUCCCCCCAGGCCAAGCCCCAGCACCUGGGCUGGAAGGGGGCAUGGAAGCAAUCGCACAAGAAGCAGCUGGACGGUGGCAGCAGCGACAGCGACAAGGCGCCCAUCCCGCCGGCAGAGCCGACACUGAGCCCCAAGAGCCUGCGGCCGGCUCGGCGCACGCGCAAGCCCCUCAAGAUCGACAACCCCUACGACGACACUGCCUCCCUGCGCUCCAUGCCCCCGCCACAGACCUCCCCCAUGGCCUCCAUGCCCUCGCCCUCCCCCUUCAACAGCCCCCCAGACUCCGAGGAUGACAAGGACCCCGAGCCGCCCGCGCCACCCGUCGCCCGCCGCGGCGGCGGCGGCAGACGCGGAGGGCGCGGAUACGCGGGGCGAGGCGGUCGGGGCCGCGGCGGCGGCCGGUGGGCGCGCCACCGCGCGGCUCAGGCGGCGGCCGCAGCGGCGGCGGCGCUGAACGCGUCGGACGACUCCGGGGGCCCUGAGUUGCUGCAUGACGCGGGCAGCGGCGUUCCCUCUGCGCUGGCCCACCGGCCUGUGCGCACCGUCAAGCCCAGCUCCAAGGUGCUCGCUGCCACGUCGUCACAGUCCCCGCCGCCCCCGAGCCGCCGCGGCCGAUCCGCUUCCGCAGGCAUGCAUGCGCCGCUGACGGGCAGCCGCUCGCUGGCGGCCUUCGCAUCGCUGAUGGAGGCCAUGGGCAACCUGGGCGCGCGAGGGAACGCCCCGGCCCGGGCGCCAGAGGCACUCUCCUGGGCGCACAAACCGGGCAGCGCGCCGGCGCACUCAUCCUGGCCGCCCUCCGCGGCUGCGUCCCCAGCGCGUUCCCCGCUGUUCGGCAUGCCCGACCUCAACGCGCUGUGGCGCUUUGCGGCGCACCGCAAGAUCCUGGAGGCCAGCGAGAAGCUGUGCGGCAGCCAGGCGCUCCUGGGCUGGGCGGAGGGCACGCCACAAACGCCCGUGCCCCCCGUCCCCCUCUUCCAGUAAUGCUCCGCUGGAUCACUCCGCUGUCCCCCACAAGCGUCUCAUUCUUGCAGCCCCCGACAUGGAGCUGUUUUUGUUCCCCCUCUGGGACCGUUGUCCCUUGUCAAGAGCCUAAGUGUACUCAUGCGUCCAGUGUCAAGCUUGAUGAAUCUGCUGCAAAGUGCAACGCAGUAUAGGACAACAGCCGAAAAAGGUUGUCAAAAUGGGUUCGUUGGCACUGCUGCCGAUAUUGGCCCCUGUGCAUCUCCAAACCAGGGUCCAGCUCCUAUACAGUGGAUCCAGAUGGUCUGAGAAUGUUGUGCCUGAUGUGUCAUUUGACCCGUGAAAUGGAGUUGCAAAACAAUCAUCCUGUUUAUAUAUGCGAAUGUGCAAGAGAAGGCCACACAGGCAAGGGCCUAUUUUCAGGGUGUGUCUAACAGCUGGAGAGCCUUUUCAGGGUUGACGAGUGGCCCAGCAUGCAACAAGAUUUGACUCCGUACCGUAACGCAUCAUAGAAGGAAGCAAACCUCAUGCCUUUAGACUCAUGAUCAUCAGCCUGCUUUUGAUAGUAUGUCGAUCCUCCCAUAUCUGGUUUGGAGGGUCUACACCUAGAAUGAGGAGUGUGCUGAGUUCUAGCCCACCAGCAAUGUUUUGCAUCAGUCAAGUUCAUAUACCAGCCGAUUAGCCUCUGCCUGUGAGUAUGAAAUUGCAUUGACGUCUGAAACAUGACAUAGAAUGCUGUUCCUGUUGUGAUGCAAACUAGCUGACAGGGUUGCCACUUUUGAUUUUGACUCAAUGUGUAAACAUUGGCUGCU